AUGUGGCACAUCCUUGGCAAGGCCACUACGAAUGCAGGCCUCAUGGCGGUCAAACCGAAGCAGGGCCUGCGUCCGAGGCCUUUUGCCGAAACCAGCUGGUAUGCCUUCUUGGGAGGUGGCUUCAUCAAGCGUGACGAGCCCAAGGGCAUUCCGAUGUUCUGCCAGAUGAACGGGUGGAUUCCGGAGGUCGUCAAGGCAAUGAGAACUUGCAUGGGCCACUCCAAUGUGAUCCUGACCGCCGGUGGUGGAUCCUUCCGCCACAAGGAUGGCCCCAAGCCAGGUGCCAUCUCUUGCCGCCAGAGUGAGGAGGCAUGGAAGGCAUGGAGGUCCGGCCAGCAUGGACCCAUCAGCCUCAGCGAUGGCGUGAUCGAGUUUGCCAAGACGCAUGACGAGAUGAAGGGCGCCUUCCUGAGCUUUCCAGAACGACGGGGAUCAGAUCUACCCAGGCUGGAGGGGGAAGCUCGGCUACGCGUUCCAGGCGCUUGUGCCGCAGGAGUUGGCUGCAGCCCGCAAGCAGCGCCCGGGGCGAAUGGGUCCGCGGACGCCCGCCCCCCACCAAGAGAGCCGCGUGCGAGAAGGCUGGCUCGACCGGGCAAGACUGGCCCGCGAUCGUGA